AUGCAGCUCACAGACCACGCCCACCAGGUCACCCAGAGCCAAUCAGGAUGCAGUAUCGCCAGCGACUCCGGCAGCAGCAGUUUAUCCGACAUUUACCAGGCCACAGAGAGCGACUUGGGGGAUGUGGAUCUGUCCGGUCUGCCUGAAGCAGCGGUGGACUCUGAGGAGGAAGAGGAGGAGGAUGAAGACCUGGAGAGGGCCUCGGACACACUGCUGGGGAGGGACCUGGUGCGAGAGUGUCUGGAGAAGGACCCGAGGGACCGCAACGACGACGACAUCGGCCCCUGCUGCUGUUCCGUUCCCUAUUACUACUUUGCUGCGCCCGCCCUCCUGGUUCCGUGGCCCUUCCCACUGGCUCGCUCUCGUCAUCUCCUCACUCCCUUCCACAACCUUCUCCUCUGUUGGGUGGUGAGCCCAUUUUCCGUGGUCCGUCGCGCUUACUCACUGCAGCCACGGAACCCGUUGCCUUCGGGUCCCACGCUCCCCUGCUGUCCGCACCAGCACCUGCCCGACGUUGUGUUCGGCCUGCCCCACCCUGGUCCGGCGCGUUCUGCGCCGCUGUUACCAAGCCGGGCCCGGUUACUGCCCGACUCCUUUCCUCCUGGAGCCCCCCCCUACCCCGCCCCAGUGUGGCCCUGUCACCCUGUGUUGCUCCCCCCCGUGUUUUGGUGGUGGGUACCUCUGUCUGUGUGUUUUGUGGGGUCUGGCCUGGGGUACGUGGUGCGUUCCUCCCCCUCCGUCCCUGGAAACCCUCGACCUGCGCCCCACCCUAUUGUCUUGGACUUGGAAUACCCCCCUGCCUUCGGACAUUCGCUUACGCUAGUGCUCCCCCGCGUAGUUUGCUCGGUCCCUCGACACGUCGCCCCCGUCUUCGCUCAUAGUUACCGUACCCGCUGCGUCUGCUGUGUCUCCUCCCCUUGCCCCGCGUUAUGGUUACUGUCUAACCCGCGUUGUGUUGUGGUGUGGUUGCCCCGGACCAACGCGAAUUACCCGCAAUCCUUUGCUGUCGCAUUUUGGUUCCGUCACUACCCCUUGUUAGCCUUCCCCUUCACCUGCCGCCGCACCGGGGGCCGUGGCUUCACUCCCAUCGUCCGCUUCUCUGCUCGCCCCUAA